AUGGCGGAAUUAAGGUUGCGUGCCCCGGCUAUAAAAGCAAUUAAACGCAUAUAUGAACGAGUGCAAGCGAGUAAACUUGGCUCCUAUGACGAAUUCCAAUUAGAGCAAGAAUUGAAAUUGGUUUCAAGCCACUUUGCGCGAUUCGUGGCUAACCAUGAGCUAUUGGUGGCCAGUGCGGAAAAGGGCGAGGUUGAGGCUCAUGAAACGCUCUGGGUAGAAGUGGAAGAUAUAUACAACGACACUUGUUGCAUUCUCAACCGCGCGAUUACAGGUGCGAAGCCAAACGUACAAGCCGGAAGGCAGCAUUCGCAUGAAUGUGAGUUUAGGUUGGAGCCACUCGCCAUUCCAACGUUCGAUGGCACGAUGCAAACCUGGUUAGCGUUUAAGGACGCAUUUGAAUUACUCGUGCACAACACCGAGUAUCCUGAGGCCUACAAAUUGGGGAAGUUGCGACAGGCAGUUAGCUCACAUGCAGUGCCACUCGUGGGAAGUGUAUACUCGGGCGGCUAUGGCGAAGUAUGGAGUGCUCUGAAGGAACGCUUUGACAAUAAGAAGCAGUUAGCCGAAACACAUGUGUCCCGUCUUCUUAACAUUAAGCCAUCGUCAGAGGACUCAUCAGAAUCAUUAUUGGCCAUCUUCGAUACAGUGCAGGAGUCACUGCGUUCGUUACGGGUGAUAGGGCUGCCAGUCGUAGAGUGGGAUGCUAUUCUUGUUCCCAUAAUAGUUUCUAAGCUUCCAACUGUGACUCAGCGUGAAUGGAACAUGAGUUGUUUGCCUACCGAAAUUCCGAAGUUAGAUGAGCUACUGUCAUUUUUGAGCCAACGCGCCCACAGCCUCUCCACAGCCAUUGUCACGUGGUCCAGCAGGACCGACGCUACAUCUCGAGGGCAACAGCGCACUAGUUCACAACGUACUGUAAAAUCCCACGUCGCAGCUGCAGAAGACGGAAAAUGCGCAUACUGUCAAGGACCGCAUCGCACUACAAAGUGCACCCGUUUUCUUGCAAUGAACCACGAAGAACGUGUAAAUGCCCUUAAAGCCGCUAGGCUUUGUUUCAAUUGCCUAAAAUUGGGACAUUCAGCUAAGCAGUGCCCUUCGGGUCUUUGCCGACAUUGCAAUCGGAAGCACAACUCAUUGCUUUGUCGGGAAACUUUAUCUACGAACGCAGGAGGGCUGACCGCGACAACCACUCAACCGGUUCCCAUGAACAAGGAUCACCCAUCUGACUAG